AUGGCUAAGUCUCGCCGACUCGAGGCUUCAAAAUAUUUAGCAAGUCAUCUCAGCCCAUCACAACCAAGCGUCAUUACUCGAAGUUAUUGUAAACAAGUGACUGGACAGUGGUAUGUUUGGGAUUUUUUCCCUCACUUCGCGCUCGCCUCAGCCUCCCCGGCCUACUUAACAGCCCUAACUUGUGUCUGGUGUUUUGGCUACUCGGUACAGCGCACCACGAACCAACUGGUCAUCGCUGUACCUCCGGAUGGUGGGCAAGCGGACAAACUGGAUAUUGGAAGUGUACCCCGAAUGCUACACCUAAUUAGGCAACAACCAUAG